AUGCCGGUAAAACAAAAUUUUAACACCGCACCUCUCACAGUUGAAAAGUGGGAAUGCGGACCAAAAAAACUAAACUAUUUAUAUUCAGAGGAAGAACUUUCCUCACCCAGAGAGCGGGCGAACAGCCAACACCGUAAACGUAAUGUUAAUGUGGAAACAGGAUCCACAACAAACGGACAGCGCAGCCACGCUGUAAUUCAGAAAUACGCUGAUGUCGUCAUAAACGGCGUAUUUCAAGGUCACGGUGAUCGUGACUUUUAUUUAAAAAACAAAAACGACAAGGAACACGGCGGAAUGCCGUUAAAACAAGUCUUUAACACCGCAUCUCCCACAGUUCAAAAGUUGGGAAGCGGACCAAAAAAUGCUAAUUAUUUAUAUUCCGAGGAAGAACUUUCCUCACCCAGAAAACGGGCCAGAAGCCAACAAGAUAACGAUAACUUAAACGUGGAAACAAAAUCCACAACAAACGGAGAGCGCAGCCACGCUGUAAUUCAGAAAUACGCUGAUGUCGUCAUAAACGGCGUAUUUCGAGGUCACGGUGAUCGUGACUUUUAUUUAAAAAACAAAAACGAUAAGGAACACGGCGGAAUGCCGUUAAAACAAGUUUUUAACACCGCACCUCCCACGGUUGAAAAGUUGGGAAGCGUGCCAAAAAAAUUUAAUUAUUUAUAUUCCGAGGAAGAACUUUCCUCACCCAGAGAGCGGGCUGACAGCCAACACCUUAAACGUAAUGUAAAUGUGGAAACAGGAUCCACAACAAACGGACAGCGCAGCCACGCUGUAAUUCCGAAAUACGCUGAUGUCGUCAUAAACGGCGUAUUUCGAGGUCACGGUGAUCGUGACUUUUAUUUAAAAAACAAAAACGAUAAGGAACACGGCGGAAUGCCGGUAAAAAAAGUUUUUAACACCGCACCUCCCACGGUUGAAAAGUUGGGAAGCGUGCCAAAAAAAUUUAAUUAUUUAUAUUCCGAGGAAGAACUUUCCUCACCCAGAGAGCGGGCUAACAGCCAACACCUUAAACGUAAUGUAAAUGUGGAAACAGGAUCCACAACAAACGGACAGCGCAGCCACGCUGUAAUUCCGAAAUACGCUGAUGUCGUCAUAAACGGCGUAUUUCGAGGUCACGGUGAUCGUGACUUUUAUUUAAAAAACAAAAACGAUAAGGAACACGGCGGAAUGCCGUUAAAAAAAGUUUUUAACACCGCACCUCUCACGGUUGAAAAGUUGGGAAGCGGACCUAAAAAGUCUAAUUAUUUAUAUUCCGAGGAAGAAUAUUCCUCACCCAGAAAACGGGCCAGAAGCCAACAAGAUAACGAUAACUUAAACGUGGAAACAAAAUCCACAACAAACGGACAGCGCAGCCACGCUGUAAAUCAGAAAUACGCUGAUGUCGUCAUAAACGGCGUAUUUCGAGGUCACGGUGAUCGUGACUUUUAUUUAAAAAACAAAAACGAUAAGGAACACGGCGGAAUGCCGGUAAAAAAAGUUUUUAACACCGCACCUCCCACGGUUGAAAAGUUGGGAAGCGUGCCAAAAAAAUUUAAUUAUUUAUAUUCCGAGGAAGAACUUUCCUCACCCAGAGAGCGGGCUGACAGCCAACACCUUAAACGUAAUGUAAAUGUGGAAACAGGAUCCACAACAAACGGACAGCGCAGCCACGCUGUAAUUCCGAAAUACGCUGAUGUCGUCAUAAACGGCGUAUUUCGAGGUCACGGUGAUCGUGACUUUUAUUUAAAAAACAAAAACGAUAAGGAACACGGCGGAAUGCCGGUAAAAAAAGUUCUUAACACCGCACCUCCCACGGUUGAAAAGUUGGGAAGCGGACCUAAAAAUGCUAAUUAUUUAUUUUCCGAGGAAGAACUUUCCUCACCCAGAGAGCGGGCUAACAGCCAACACCGUAAACGUAAUGUUAAUGUGGAAACAGGAUCCACAACAAACGGACAGCGCAGCCACGCUGUAAAUCAGAAAUACGCUGAUGUCGUCAGAAACGGCGUAUUUCGAGGUCACGGUGAUCGUGACUUUUAUUUAAAAAACAAAAACGAUAAGGAACACGGCGGAAUGCCGGUAAAAAAAGUUUUUAACACCGCACCUCCCACGGUUGAAAAGUUGGGAAGCGUGCCAAAAAAAUUUAAUUAUUUAUAUUCCGAGGAAGAACUUUCCUCACCCAGAGAGCGGGCUGACAGCCAACACCUUAAACGUAAUGUAAAUGUGGAAACAGGAUCCACAACAAACGGACAGCGCAGCCACGCUGUAAUUCAGAAAUACGCUGAUGUCGUCAGAAACGGCGUAUUUCGAGGUCACGGUGAUCGUGACUUUUAUUUAAAAAACAAAAACGAUAAGGAACACGGCGGAAUGCCGGUAAAAAAAGUUUUUAACACCGCACCUCCCACAGUUGAAAAGUUGGGAAGCGGACCUAAAAAUGCUAAUUAUUUAUUUUCCGAGGAAGAACUUUCCUCACCCAGAGAGCGGGCUAACAGCCAACACCGUAAACGUAAUGUAAAUGUGGAAAUCAGGAUCCACAACAAACGGACAGCGCAGCCACGCUGUAAUUCAGAAAUACGCUGA